AUAUUGGGAAUGCCGCAAUAAGGAAUAUAAUUGAAGUGUGGGCACAAUUUAAUUCCCAACUGCGUGGAGUUCACAAAAAUAGCCACAUUUACUCGGCAAUGAGCACGCAACUUGUAAAUGAACACGGUGUUCUCCUAGCGCCAGCCGAGCUGCGAAAUCGAAUUAACAAUUUAACAAAGAAGUACAGACAGGAACGGAAGGCUGUGGGCCCAAGCGGAGGAGCUCCGUCUAAUUGGGAAUUCUACGACGACAUACACAAAAUAAUUGGCAGCUAUAAAUCAAAUUUCACACACGAACUGGCCGACGAAAGCAUUGAAAAUGUUUCGGAUCCAUUAGACACAUCGAUGGCGGCAUCUUCAUUGUCAAAUGAAAGUGGACUUGAAGAAGCACCAUCAACUUCGUCGGCUGCAAUAAAGAGAAAGAGGAAUAGUGAUGAAGAUUAUCUCGAACUGGCUAAAAAAGAGCAAAAGAUGAUGGAAGCUUAUUUCAAUAAAUCUUUGGAAAAUGAAGAAAAGGCCCUCAAAUUGAUGGAGCAAACCAACGCCGUUCUUAUGGCUAUGUUAAAUAAACAUAUGUAA